CAAGACCCACCGACUGCCAGGUACACAAAAAUGUUAAGCUCCGCCUGCCCCCAAACAUUCCCACGGGUCUCGAUCCCUUGUUUUGAUAGUUAAGAAGAAUACCAACAGAAAGCCCAUCGAAGAUUCCUUGCAGAAACUUGCAGAAAUAUGACUCUUGCCGAGACCCGGGCCUCACAAGUGCACAAACCACCGGCUAGUCUCCCCGCUAGACACCGGCCACCCGGUUCUGAUGUUAUUAUGGAGAGCCGUUGCACUCCGGCCGACCCUAUGGCAUUCCGUGGCGUCAACAUGUGCAUUGAGCGAUCAUCGCUCAUUUGCUCAUAGCCUUAGAUUAGCUCGCAUCGUCUGGCUUCCCAAUGGAACCAGUCCCCACGUGUAUUGUGGUAUGUUGUGUGCGCUGCCACUCCGGAUGCUCCAUGACAACGCGGACAGUAUAAAUGCAGUCCUGUCGCGUCUUGGGAAUGAUUCCCUCUUCUCGUUCACCAGCCCAAGCUCCCUCUAUCUUUUAGGUCAGACUCAGCUGUUCAAUUAUGAAGGCCAACACUCUCCUUCCCCUUUUGGGUCUCACCGGCAGCGCCGUCGGCGCCGUCGUUGCUCGCAACGACAAGACUCCCUUUGGCUACGCCUCUGGCUCCAAGGAGUCCAUUGCCAACCUGAAGGACAAGAUUGAGAACGUUGUCUGGAUUCUGUUGGAGAACCGUGGGUUCGACAACAUCCUGGGUGGUGUGCACAAGAAGGGUCUUGACAACGUCGUCAACAAUGGACCUUUCUGCAACCCAUUGUCCGUCAAGGAGCCCAAAGGCCAGAAGAUGUGCAGUCAGUUCAAGGAUUUUGACUCCGUCAUUCACGACCCGGAUCACUCUCUCACUGGUGUCAACUUCGAGCUCUAUGGUCAGUGGAGCCCCGACAACGCCGCCAUUGCCAACGGCAGCCUGAAGCCUAGCCUUGAUGGCUUUGUCGAGCGCCAGGUUGAGCGCUACAACAUCUCCUCCAAGCUCGCCACUGAGGAGGUCAUGGGCUACUACUCCGAGGACGAGAUCCCCACUCUCGUUGACCUGGUCGAUGAGUUCACCACCUUCAACUACUGGCACUCUUGUGUCCCCGGCCCUACCAACCCUAACCGUCUCUGUGCGAUCGCCGGUACCCCCGACGGCCACGGCAAGAACGACAACGACUUUGAUGUCUCUGCCAUUGACAUCCCCAGCAUCUUCCAGGUUGCCUCGGAGAAGGGCAUCUCCUGGAAGAACUACGACGGCACCAACGGCGCCUUCCUUUCCGACGCCUUGUUCUUCAACUGGACCGUGGCCAACGCCAAGUCCAGUGUGGUUCCUUUCGAAAACUUCUACCAGGACGCCUACCUGGGCACCCUCCCCAAGCUGUCCUACCUCAACCCCUCCUGCUGCGGCCUGGACACCAACUCCAUGCACCCCACCGGCAACGUCUCCACCGGCCAGGUCCUUCUGAAGCAGGUCUACGACGCCGUCCGCACUGGUCCCCAGUGGGACAAGACCCUGCUGCUGAUCUCCUUUGACGAGACAGGUGGUUUCUACGACCACGUCGCUCCCCCCUUGGCCGUCCGCCCCGACAACAAAACCUACACUGAGAAAGCCUCCGACGGCUCCAGCUACACCUUCAAGUUCGACCGUCUUGGUGGCCGCAUGCCCACUUGGCUCGUUUCCCCCUACGCUCCCCAGGGUCACGUCGAGAACUACGGUAUUGACCCCGCCACUGGCAAGUCUGCCUCGUACUCUGCCACCUCCGUUCUCAAGACCCUGGGUUACCUGUGGGAUUUGGAGGACUUGACCCCCCGUGUCUCUCACUCCCCUGCCUUUGACCACCUGAUCGGUCCUAAGGCUCGCUCUUCGGCCCCUACCACCCUGGCCAACCCCCACCCCUUCCCUGAGGCCGUUUAAAUGGGGAUUGCCGGGUAGAGUACCGCUUUCUCUUUUCUUCUCUUCUCACACUUUCUCUGUGUGAAUGACCGGGUUGAUUCCAUACGAAUGUAAAUUGAAUGUAAUUAUGAAUUUUGAAUAGCAAGUAUAGAAAGAACUUGGUGCCUUGAGUUCCUUUAAACCACCCCUGGAGGCAUUGGCCGCUGCUGGCAUCCCAUACCUUGGAAUUUUUUCAUGCAAAC